UAAAUAAGUCAACCCCUGAGUGUGGUGCCUAGGAUGCCAAAAAAUGCCGUGCUAGAGAUCUGCUGAGAGCCAUGGCUAUUUUUGUUAGAAGCUGAUACUUUAGUCGGAGCUGUGAGCCUUGCCUUGGAAAAGGGGUUAGUUUCUUGGGAGGUGGGGAAGGAAGGACAGGGUUUGACAGAGAAGAUCGCUCCGAAGAAGAAGAAAAGACCCCAAAGAAAGUAAGAACUGUGCAGAACUUCCCAUCUUUUAAUUCACCACCUCCUGCCAGAGAGCAGGCAGCACUGACCCUGUCAUAGCCUCUCAGCUGCCCAUAUAUAACGUGACCUUUUCACCGGAGUGAUUCUUACUGUCACCAUUAUGACUGAGAUUACAGCAGAAGGGCCUGCAUCCACCACUACUGUGAUAGACAACAAGAAUGGAGCAGUCCCCUUGCCACAUCUGAAAGUGCCCAAGAAAUCAGUUUCAGAAGACUUUGCGACGACAUUCAGCUCUCCAGCAGCAUGGCUCCUUGUUGUUGCUCUUAUCGUUACCUGGUCAGCUGUGGCUAUUGUCAUGUUUGACUUGGUGGAUUACAAAACUCUGGCAGGUCAGUCUGUAGACAAGCUUGCCUCUAAUCCACUGAGAAUCGUAUAUGGUGCCGUGGAAGACACCACUGAUUGGGUUUAUGGCUUUCUUUCGUUACUGUCUGACCUCAUAUUUGAAGAUGAAGAUGAGAGUGAAAGAGGUGAAGUGGAGUCCUCCAUGAAAGCAAAAGAAGGAAUCCAACCACCAGUCAAAAAGAAAGAAAUCCAGAUAGACAAGCCUGAAAAGCAAGAGAAAAUUGAAAAGAAGCCACCAGUCAAAGAACUCCAGAUAGACAAGUCUGAAAAACAAGAGAAAAUUGAAAAGAAGCCACCACUCAAAGUAAUUCACAAAGAGAAACCUGAAAAGCCAGCGAAACCCGAAAAGCCAGCGAAACCCGAAAAGCCAGUGAAACCUGAAAAGCUAGCAAAACCUGAAAAGCCAAUGAAACCUGAAAAACCAGAGAAAGCUAAAAAACCUGAAAAACCAGAGAAACUAGAAAAAGCUGUUAAAAAGGACCUCCCUAAAGUGGUACAUAAAGAAAAGCCUGAACGACAUGAAAAACCUGAAAAGAGAGAAAAGCCCGAAAAGAAAACCAAAACAGAACAAAUGGAAAAAACAGAAAAGAAAGAAAAAGCCACAGUGCCUCCCAAGGAGAAACCUGCAAAGCAAGAAAAGCCAAAAAAGAAAGCGCCUCCUUCUCCCAAAGUAACUGAAAAGGUGAAACCUGAACGGCAAGAAAAACUUGGGGAAAAAGUUGCUCCGAAAGACAAGAAGAGCAUCAAAGUUGAAGAAAAGGCUAAAAAGGAUGUAAAAGAAAGAAAACCAGAAGCUAAGGCACCUGAAAGAGUGAAACCUAAGGAAACCAAAGGAGAGGAAGUUGCACUAAUGAAAUCAAAAAACAGGACUAAGGAGGAGACAGCUCUGGUGGUUACAGAAAAGUCGGAAAAGAAAGAUCAAUAUGCAUUCUGUCGCUAUAUGAUUGACAUGUUUGCGCACGGGGAUUUGUAUACAGGACCAGCUCCUCACCUAUUCUUACCACAGAGCCCAGCAAUCACACCUGCACUCCCAGCUGCUGAAGUGGGAAAGCUUAAUGGGACCGCUCCAAAACCGAUAAAAGAAGAACAAAGAAAAAAGGUUGUUCAAGAAAAGAAAGCUAUUCCUGAAGUUAAAAAGAAAGAAGCAGAAGAGAGGAAAAAAGUAACCCAGGAGAAGAAAGUUAUCCCUCAAAUUAAACAGAAAGAAGUGGAAGAAGGGAAGAAGGUAUUCCAUGAGAAGAAAGCUGUUGCUGAUAUUAAAACAAAAGAAAGAAAAGAGGAAAGAAAGAAAGCUCUUGAGAAGACAUCUGUCCCAGAAGUUAAAAAAGCAGGACCAGUAAAAGAAAAACCUUCUCCUCCACCUGAAAAGAAACAUGAUAAGAAAGAAGUGGUUUUGACCAAAGACCUGAAAAAGCCAGCAAAAGCUCCUGCAGCCCAACCAGCUUCUGUAAAAGUAGCACCAGAACCACACAAGAAAGAAAAGCCAGUAGAAACUGCCAAGCUACCAAAGAAGGAAGUGCCUGUAAAAACAACUGAAGCUGAGCGUGCUAAAAUAGAAACUGCUAAACCUUUGGUUAAAAAAGCAGUGCAUGAAAAGAAAGAAGACAGACCACAGAAAGCAGUGGAGGAAGAACAAGUCAAAGAGAAAGAAGAAAAGCAUCAUGCAACACCGAAAGACAAAGAGCCUGUGAAAGAAAAGCUGCGGAAGACCCCAGAAGCCCCUAAGGAAAAGGAUGUUGCAAAAGAAAAAGUGAAGUCUCCAGCUGCUGUCAAAGAAAAAGAUGUUGCAAAAGAAAAAGCAAAGUCUUCAGUUGCUGUCAAAGAAAAAGAAGCAGUGAAACCAAAGGAAGCAAAGACUCCCAUUGCCCAGAAACUGAAAGAAACUGACAUAAAAAAAGAAAGAAGUCCAGCUAAAACAGGCAAGAAAGUGGAGCAUAAACCAAAACCAGAAGCUCUGAGGCAUGAAAAAGAAGUUCCUCAAGGAAAACCAGCCAAGCCCAAAGAAACAACAAAACCAUCAGCUGAAAUCACAGUAGCAGACAAGAAAAAAGCAGGAAAGCCUUUGAAGGAAAAGGAUGGAAAAACACAGGAGAAGAAAGAUUUGAAAAAAGAAAAAUCCAAAGCCAAAGUUCCAGCAGUGAAAGAAACUCACCACCAUCACAAUGUGACAACAGAUAAGAUUUCAAAAGCUGCCAAAACAGCAAAUCCUGUCCGCUACUAUCAGUGCGUCUUCGUAAAUGGAUACAAUGGGUAUACAUCACAACAAUACCCUGUUACUCCAGCUCAAGGCUCCAAAGGGAAAGCUGGACAGUCAAAGACUUCUGGGCACAAAAUCAAGACACCAAAACAAUAGAGUCACGUCACACCUGCAACAUUAUGACAAUUUUGCACUUUAUGCUCUCAAAAGAGGGUCAUGUGGAAUCCAUUGGCACUUGUGAUAAUAGAAAUGUGAUCCAAUAGAUCACAUGCACUUGAGAAGGUUGUCUGGUCAUCACCAGAGCAGACGAGAUAAGGAGAGGGGGAGAUACAACAGGGUUUGAGAGAUUAUCCAAGUAACCCUUUCCUGAAGGAAAGCACGAUGCUGAAAUAGUACUUGACUGGAAGUAAAUUUGUGUGUUGGUGUUCGUACAUUUGUGCGUUUAUUUUAUUUUUUUUUUCAUUUUUUUUCUUCUUAUGCUCUUUCUGAUUUGUUUGUGUUUUUUCAAGCCUUGUUGGAAUGAAAACCAUUUUCUGUGUAAUCAGCUUAAGGACAAAUGUCCCACUCUAAAUCACUGAAGAACAAGAAUCAUAAUUUUUGACAUUACUUGGAAUCUGUGUUAGCAUUCAGUUGGGUCAGAGAUACAGAACUUCAGAGCAAGAGGCAAAG